AUGACAGAAGCAGCUGAAGCAUCCAUAGUUGUGCCACCAGCGCCGACUCAAGUUUUUAUUCCCCCGUCAAAUUUGCCCCCGCCGAAAGCGCUUAAUUUUGACGACAAUUUAGCCACCGCAUGGAAAUCGUGGAAAGCAGCGUGGCAGCGCUACGAAAUCGCUACUGGUGUAUAUAAACAAGAGGGCAUAGUUCGUGUGUCGACAUUACUAAGCAUUAUAGGCGAGGAUGGCGUCAGAGCCCACGAUACCUUUAUUUGGAACGAAGACGAAAACGCAGACGACAUUUCACAAGUCCUGAAGAAGUUCGACGAAUUCUGCAUUCCUAGGACACAGGUCAUAUAUGAACGCUAUAGGUUCAACAACCGAAACCAGGAACCAGGCGAAAACAUCUCGACGUAUCUUACGGAGCUUCGAACGAUCGCAAAAAACUGUGCACACGAUACAAUCACACCAGAUGAAAUUUUGCGUGACCGCCUCGUGCUAGGCAUACGGGAUGAUCGCGUCCGCGAGAGACUUCUCCGUUUGAAUGAUUUAUCUCUCCUACAAGCAGUUGACAUUAUUAAGUCGUCAGAACAGACCCAACAGCAAGUAAAGCUAAUGGCUGGAGGAGACACUGCAGUUCAUGCGUUACGGAAGGCGGGAUCGGCAGAAAAACCUGAAGAAGAACGACAACUUAAGUCACAAGCAUUUAGAAGACCGUCUAAAGAAUGUGGAAAUUGCGGAAUGGUGCAUGGACGUCAUUGUCCCGCGUAUGGAAGAACAUGUUUUAACUGUGGGAGUAUGAAUCAUUUUGCGAAUAAAUGUCGCGCUAAUCCCCGAGGAGUGAAAAGUAGAGUUUCGGCGGUCCACGAAGCCGUCGACAUGGGAAACGACCCCUACUACAUUGGUGCUACUACUAGUAAGAGCAAAGGCCAGGAAAAAUUGGCAGUGGUCAAACUCCACAUUUAUGGGCCAGAUCCCAAGACAGAAGUCCAGUUUCAAAUAGAUACUGGGUCGCAGUGCGACAUUCUCCCGGCCCAAUUAUACAAGCAAAUCACUGGGGACACCCUCCUUCAUCGCCUCAAACCAUGCCAAAAGGAAAUAGUCUCGUACACAGGGGAUCGCCGCAAAAUUGCUGGUAAAGCUACCCUGCCUGUGUGGUCCCGUGGACAGCGGAGGUCAAUGGAGUUUAACAUCUUAGACGGAGACUAUCAACCGAUUUUAUCAUUGAACACCAGCCUCAAUCUUGGCUUUGUGAGUUUGCAUAAUUGUGACGUCCUAGCAUUACACGUCAAGUGCCCCAAAGCCUCCUUGCUCGAAGAGUAUGAGGACGUAUUCGACGGAUUAGGGGCCCUACCGGGAGCAUACAAAAUAGCCAUAGACGAACAGGCGCAACCAGUUGUCCACGCACCGAGGCGAGUGCCAGUAGCCUUGCGUCCACGCAUCAAAAACAAGCUGGACGAACUUGUUGAUCGUAAAGUUAUUAUUCCAGUAACAGAACCGACGCAGUGGGUAUCCAGCAUGUUGGCUAUAGUGAAGCCAAACAAAGUACGCAUCUGUAUUGACCCGAGAGAUUUAAAUCGUGCCAUUCGGCGAGAGCAUUACCAGUUGNAAACAUAA